CCACCUCCCUUCUGAUAUCACAGUCUUCAGAAAAAGAGAAUCUCAUCUGGAAAUCAGAAUAAAAAUAACCAGGCCAGGCAGCACGGUGUAGCAUGUGGCUACCUCUGGAGAGGCUGCCCUUGGUCACUGCGAGCCAUCGCAUCGAGACUUCUCUCCCUGUUGACUGCCAGAAACAACCUUCCAUCUGGAGGUAGAAGAUGGCCUCCUCCAGCUUGCAUCCAUCCAUCCCUCGGCACAGGGGUAAAAGGGACAAGAAAGCAGCCUUUGUUUUGCUGAGUGUUUGCCUGGCAGCCCUUUGCUACUUAGGUGGGGAGCCAGGACACAUUCUUCAGCAGCUGACGCUCCACCUGGCCUCCCUGCAGCUGGGACUGUUGCUCGAGAGAGUCUGCCGUCUGGCCGAGGAGCUAUGCCACAUCCACUCCCGGUACCAGGGCAGCUACUGGAAGGCUGUGCGGGCCUGCCUGGGCUGCCCCAUCCGCUGUGGGGCCGUGCUGCUGCUGUCCUGCUAUUUCAAUGCCUCCCUGCCGAACCCAGCUGGCCUGUCCUUCACUUGGAUGCUUGCGCUCCUGGGCCUCUCAGUGGCAGUGAGCAGAAUCCUGGACCUCCAGUGCCUGGCCCCAGCUGAGAUCUCUGCAGUCUGUGAACAAAGGAAACUCAACGUGGCCCAUGGGCUGGCGUGGUCAUUUUAUAUCGGGUACCUGCGGCUGAUUCUGCCAGAGCUUCCGGCCCGGAUCCGCAGUUACAAUCAGCGCCACAACAACAUGCUACAGGGCAGAGCAAGCCACCGGCUGUACAUUCUCUUCCCAUUGGACUGUGGGGUGCCUGACAACCUGAGUAUGGUUGACCCCAACAUUCGCUUCCUGCAUGAGCUGCCCCAGCAGAAAGCUGACAGAGCCGGCAUCAAGAGCCGGGUUUACAGCAACAGCAUCUAUGAGCUUCUGGAGAACGGGAGACAGGUGGGCGCCUGUGUUCUGGAGUAUGCCACCCCCUUGCAGACCCUGUUUGCCAUGUCCCAGCAUACCCAAGCUGGCUUUAGCCGGGAGGAUCGGCUUGAGCAGGCCAAACUCUUCUGCCGGACGCUUGAAGACAUCCUGGCAGAUGCCCCCGAGUGUCAGAAAAACUGUCGACUCAUUGUCUACCAGGAAUCCACGGAGGAAAGCAACUUCUCCCUGUCACAGGAGAUUCUCAGGCACCUGAGGCAGGAGGAAAAGGAGGAGGUUGCUGUGGAUAGUGCAAGAACCUCGGUGAUGCCUGACUCUUCCACGCUGCACCAAGAGCCCGAGCUCCUCAUCAGUAGCAUGGAUCAGCCUCUCCCACUCCGCACAGAUGUCUACUGAGGCCCAGGGUCAGCUUGUCUGAGCCCCCAGAAAUUCCCAAGACUCUCUGGAUUGGGGCCUUUCUUUAGGAGUGAGAUGCUCAGCAAAGCCAUUUCCUCCCACAGGGGCUCUCAGAGAAGGUACAGGGACCUGACAUCUCAAGAUGAGUCCUAGGACCUUGGGCAAGAUGAGCCUCAGUGCCUUCAUCUAUGAAAUGGGAUCACAAUCGCUGCCCUGCCUACCUCACAGGGUUGUUGUGAGGACUGUGACUAUAUGGAAGUUUCUCGUAAACUCUGAUUUCCUGGUACACUUAA